GCUGUGACAUUGAGAUUUAAAGGUGUUAGCCUGCUAGCGGAGUUGUGUUAUUGUUUGUUGUCAGUGCUACGUUAGCCUGCAGAGGAACAGCAGAGCAAAUGUUGCCUUUUUAAAGAAGCAAGCAACCGCUUGGUUGUAUUACGUCAAGUGCACUGAAACAUGGAUCGUUGCGGUGUCCACGUCCUUCUGCUGCUCCUGCUGCAGGCCCCGCAGAUCUCAGCUGAGGGCUCAGAUGGACAGUUGCUGUGUCUGUGUGAUGGCCCUAAAUGCCUCCAGCCCACCCAGUGCCGCGGUACGCGGUGCUUCUCCUCUGUCACAGUCAGCGGCAGCGGGGUGGUGUUUGAGCGCGGCUGCCUGAAUGGGACGGAUAAAAUCCUUUUACAUUGCUUCACGGCUCCGUCCUUCCAUCAGGCCAUUUUCUGCUGCUCCCUGGACAUGUGCAACAGCAACACCAACAUGAGUUCGCUGAUGUCUCUGCUUCCAACUGCCCCAGAAGGUGAGCCGGUCCGGUAUCGCGUAGAGACCUUAGCCCUCUUUGUGCUUGGUCCGGUGGUGGUUCUGGCUCUGCUGUCUGUAGUGUCAGUUUUGGCCUGCAGGAGGCUCCACCACGGCCGUCUGCAGAGGCUGCAGGAGUUUGACACAGAGCAGGGAGCCAUAGACGGCCUCAUCACCUCCAAUGUGGGAGACAGCACUUUAGCGGAUCUGCUGGACCACUCGUGCACAUCAGGCAGUGGUUCAGGUCUUCCCUUCCUUGUCCAGAGAACUGUGGCCAGGCAGAUCAGUCUGAUGGAGUGUGUAGGCAAGGGAAGGUACGGGGAGGUGUGGCGGGGCCAGUGGCAGGGCGAGAACGUGGCUGUAAAAAUCUUCUCCUCCAGAGACGAGAAGUCCUGGUUCAGAGAGACAGAGAUCUACAAUACAGUGCUGCUAAGACAUGAAAACAUACUGGGCUUCAUGGCGUCUGACAUGACUUCCCGCAACUCCAGCACCCAGCUGUGGCUCAUCACCCAUUACCACGAGAACGGUUCCCUUUAUGACUACUUGCAGCGAGUUGCCGUGGAGACGUCGGAGGGCUUGGCGAUGGCGGCGUCGAUAGCUUGCGGCCUAGUGCACCUGCACACGGAGAUCUUCGGCACAGAGGGGAAACCGGCCAUCGCGCACCGCGACCUGAAGAGCAAAAACAUCCUGGUCACAAAGGAGCUGCGCUGCUGCAUCGCAGACCUCGGGCUGGCUGUGACCCACUCCCAGGCAGACAACCUGCUUGAUGUGGGCAACAACCCGAAGGUUGGCACCAAGCGUUACAUGGCACCUGAAGUGCUGGACGAGACCAUACAGACGGACUGCUUUGAUGCCUACAAGAGAGUGGACAUCUGGGCCUUCGGGCUGGUGCUGUGGGAGAUAGCAAGACGCACAUACAGCAAUGGUAUUGUUGAGGAGUACAAGCCUCCGUUCUACGAUCAGGUGCCAAAUGACCCGAGCUUUGAGGACAUGAGGAAGGUGGUGUGUGUGGAACAGCAGAGGCCUUUCAUUCCUAACCGUUGGUUCUCUGAUCCUACUCUCUCCGCUCUGGUGAAACUGAUGAAGGAGUGUUGGUACCAGAACCCUUCCGCCAGGCUGACAGCGCUGCGCAUCAAGAAGACCCUGGACAAGAUUCACAGCUCCCUGGAAAAGGGCAAGGAGUCGUGAGGGGGAGAGGAGCCUCAGGGGCAGCUGCCUGAUGUCAGGGAUCGGCAUAGAGAAGAGCCCAGUGUUCGUUAAAGGAGAAAGGGCAAUAAGAGGGACGGACAGAGGACCAGAGGAAACAGUUGUUCAAGUGUCAUCCAGUCUCAUCCUUCUCUUGCUCUCUCACUUUCACUGUGGUCGCCUUCCACCGACAUCCCUCUCUCUGACUUGAAGCCCACACAGACGUUUGGAACAGUCCUGUCUGAAUAAGCCAGCCUUCGCUACAGGACACAAGCCUGUCGCCAAUGUGUUCGCACUGACCUGAACUGUAGACUGUUACUGAGUGUGACGAACUUGGAUGGCAUAUUGUGUAAUACCCCAUCCCAAUGCUUUAAUGCCCAUUUAAGACGGCUCUCUCACACACACACACACAGACACACAAAACGCUACAUACUGAGAGUCUCUUACAAUUCAAUUUCUGAUCCCAAGCCAGUGAUUGUGGCAUGCAGUCGAGGCAUUCUGCCCAUAGACAAUCACAAAUGUUUCACUCAUUUAGCUUUAUUAGAACAUGCCAACUAUUGCCACACACACACACUACUAAACACAAAAAUUUGUUGACUUACAAAAGGAAAAGAGCCAAUAGAAUCCAAAUUCUUUUUAAACUUUUUAAAAAUAGUAUGAUAUUUAUGUAUUAAAUCUCCACUGCAACCACACUACUGAGGAUAUGUAAGACUGAUGUACACUGACUGUACGACGGUGCGUGAAACUGACUGUAUACAUAUAUAAGCAUUUACUCUACUGGACUUUCUGUACCCAUAUUGUCAUUAUUGGAGCUAGUAGGAAAUGAGUUGUUGAGAAAUAGAGGAGAAAAAUAGGAAAUUGUUCCCGCUGAGCUUGACUGUUGUAUGGAAAAAACAGGAUAAAACACUACAGACAUGUUUAUCCUGGUUGUUCCUGGAGUAGACACACAGUAAGUACCUGCCAAAAGGCAUUAGUCUGUAUCUUAUAAUAAGAAUAUGAAAUGAAUUGAUCCUCUGCCUGGCUACCUUCAUAAACUCACUGUGGCUGGUUACAAAAAAUGUCUUCUGCACAGGCAGAGAGGAUCAACUUGUUUGUGGUAGAGCUGACUUUUUUUUAAAAAAGAUAUUGGAGCUGGAGUCGUUUUCUGUAACGAGGUGGGCCUCUACUCAUCUCCCAUCAUGCCACACUGUACAAGUUGCCUGAAUAACAAAAAAACACUCCGUCUUCAUUUGGAAAGUGUUUUAUUCAAGAUUCAUUUCAAACAGAUAAAGUUGCCUAGCUGUGCGGUUACAAAUGAAUUUGUUCACAAAUGCUGGGUUUGUUUUGGAAAAAAAUCUUGCUUUGUCUUUUUUUAUAUGUAAUAAAACAUUUACUGCA